CACCUGACUUCUUUGCAAUCAAAUGUAAAGAGCUUGCUUACGAAGUCACACCCAGUACAGCCCUACCAGCGCUGACAGCGCUGCAGCUGUUAGCAGAGUGACAGCCCGAGCAGCCUGUGCUGAAACGCUCCUACGGCGACAUCAGGGAAGUUUCUCCUUGAAUCGCCCAAUAGCAAAGUAUGAAGAAGGCGGGGCUUGGAAGUGUAGCUACUUUCCUUAGAGUUGUGUAGCUAGCUGGCUAAUUAGUUGAAAGGAGACAGAAAUAAAAAACAAAGCUGGCUUGCUUGUUAGCUAAAUGUCAUACCGCGCUGCAGAUGUGUCGACAGCUACGACAAAGCGUGGGAUGUGGGAGACCGACUAUACAGCGCUGAAAAUGGGCUUGUUCUUCAUGAACGCCGUUGUCGGUCCCGUCAGCUCGGCGUCAGCGGAGACACUGAUCACGGAGAGUAAGCUGCUGUGCAUCGGGGUGAACAACCAGAGCUACAUCUGUGAAUCAGGCCACUGCUGUGGAGAAUCUCAGUGCUGUAGCUACUAUUAUGAGCUGUGGUGGUUCUGGCUGGUCUGGACUGUCAUCAUCAUCCUAAGCUGCUGUUGUGUGUGUCACCAUCGUCGCACCAAGCAUCGACUGCAACAACAGCAACGUCAACAUGAAAUCAACCUCAUUGCCUACAGAGAGGUCCACAACUACACCUCACUUCCCUUCUACUUCAGGUUCUUGCCUAGCUACCUCUUACCUGCAUAUGAGGAGGUGGAGAAUAGACCCUCGACACCCCCUCCUCCAUAUAGUGCCUCUCAGCCUGGUCAGGGCAGUGAUGCUAUGAGCCCUGAACAGCCAGAUGAGCUUUGCCCAUCGCUACAAUCCACCCCUACAAACCCUGCAUCAGAGAGCCACUCCAGCAGGGACUGUAUAGAAGAAACUCAUUGUCCUGAUACACAUUGUCCAGCAGGAGAUGCCCACAAACCCUACCUAAGCUUUGAAGAAGAUGGUCAACAGCAGCAGGUAGCAUCAGCUACUUCUCCAGAGAUGUCCAAGCAAGGCAGUUGCAGAAAAGAUCCCUCAAAGCCUGUGGAGCAGGGACUGGACAGUUGUCCUGACAACAAGGACAGGACUCCUGGGCGGCAUAGACGCUUUACAGGUGACUCAGGAAUUGAAGUGUGUGUGUGCAACCGUGGACCAGGCGAAGAUGAGGAGGAAGAGGAGGAGAUGAAGGAACUUGAGGGACUUCUGGACAGAGAGGGGUUAAGGGAGCAGGACUUCUGUGAUAGCUGCAACCCCCGUAAUAAUGGCCCUCAACAGCCAGGGGAUGAGGAGCAGGGCUUUGCUGCCCCUGAGAGGGGCCCUGAGCACAGAGAGCCUCCCUUACAACGACCCCCAAUCUGCCUCCAUUUGCACACCAUCAAUGAACAGGAGGGUCCUCACCAUGGCAACAAUACAGAUCCCCAAAGCUAAGCACCACCACCUAUAGCAGUGGCUAUUUUAAGGACUACUGUCUCCCUUUACUUUCUCGCUGUACUGUUGCUUUGGCCGUUUGUAUUGGAAGUGUGAAUGUUAUGCAGUGUUUUGAGAUCAGACGUCGGAAUCGAGACGUUUUUAGGUAUGUAGCCUGAAAUUGAGGCAGUGAUCAAAGCUGCUGCUGAGGAAAAAAUUAUUCACUUCCUAGACCUAAAAGCAAUUUUGACUGAGGUGCCUGUAAUAGUGAAAUAUUGAUUAGUAAUUAUUUAAUUACUAUUUCUUCAUUAAUCCAGUGAGGUUUGUUAGUUAGAUGUGGACAAAAUAUCCAGUGGCAGCCAGUUAAUCUUCAAAUUAGAGCACUCAUAAAAGAAUUAACAUUGGCAACAAUGCAUUACAUGCUUGUUAAGUAGCUCAACAGACUCCUAGAUGUCAUCUAGCAUGAGGUUGCACUAACACCUUACAAUUUUAUAUGUAUUUCUUUUUAUAAUACAUCGGUCUACCACUCUUGCAGGUGUACUGCUUUGUGAAGAUGUUGAUAUUUUUUUUUUUUUUUUUUUUUUAUUUAUUUUGUUUAAUAAAUAGACAGGCAGAUCUACAGUUUUUUUCCUCCAAAUAUUUAAGAACAGAAUUUUCUUGAAAACGAAAUAUUAAGAAGUCUAACUGGAAUGUUUUUCAGUUAUUUCAGCAAUUUUUCACCUGUUUUAAACAUGACCUGCAUGUUUAAAACAUGAAACAUAAAUGUAAUCAGAUAUAUACACACACACACACAUUUCCUUUGAGCUUUUCACCCUGUGAUGUAAAUGUAGCCUCCAGUCUCUUGGCUACUCCUCUCAAAGGGACUAGAUUAUGCACUUCAUAAAUACAAGAAAUUAGGUUGAGGGCCACCUUGUCACAACACAUAUGUCCCCAAUAUCAGGGCAGUCUACCAAACAAUUAGGCUACUGUGUAGCCUUUCUGAACAGCAUCCUUUUAUAAUUCACCUCCUUUCCUAAUUGUGAAUGAAAUCUGUCAGAUAUUCUACAUACUGUAUUGGUGCAAAGGUAGACUUUUUUGCUAUGCUUAGCUCAUAAAGAUGAGGUAAGGCUCCUUUCUUUCAAGACUUAUUUAAUUUUGCUCUUUAUUUGGCAGGCUUUUUAGUUUUCUUUCUGUGUGUAUGGAUAUGUACAUGUUUUCCAUCACAGCCUCAGCUUUCUAAAAAGAAAAAAAGGAUUAUAUUUGAUAUGUCUGUAAACUCAUUGUGUACAGUAAAGUAAAAGUGGAGCUUGGAGUUAAUUAAGCAGAGGUGCUCAAAGUGAGGACUGCAAAUGUCGUAUUAGUGUUUUCUGGUAAUGACACAGCUUGCCUGAUUAGGUGCAUUUGUUGAUUUUUUUUUCAUAUGUCACUCUUUCAUAUGCCUUAGUGGAAUAUUGUAUGUUUUAUGAUGGGAUUCCAUUAUAAAUAAGGAUUUAAGGCCAGUAUGGGUCCUUCUACAGAAUUCUGAUUCAGACUGUGUGAGGUGCUAAUGGCUAUAAUCUUUUUGUCAUAAAGAACUUCUCAGCUGAAUGAAUCACUUUGUUAGCUUCAUGUAAUUUCUUUUUUUUCCAUUUUUUUUUUCCAUAUCCCAUUUUCUAACACUGUAACGGAAACAAAAUAAGCUUGUGAAGUUUUAUGGUACCUGUUUGCUAAUGUUAUUACAGAUUUUGUCUGGUUAAUAAGUCAGGUAUGUUUUCAGUUUGAUAAUGAUAAACAUGCUUUUCACAGAGACAGAGAGAGUGCUAUAAAGAAAAGAUUGCAAACAAUAAUCCUGUUUCAAUCAGAGCUUUUUCAUGAGAAGAUGGUUCCAAAUGGUUUGAUUAAUGCUCUCCUCCACAGUGUUGUCAAUGCAUAUGCUUUAGUGUGCCGUUUUCUUUUUAUAUACAGUAAUGUGGAUCAGCCAGUUUCCAUUCUACUGUGGCAAUAGAGACUACGCAAAGCUGCUCCGCUGCAUUCCUACACUGUGGUGCAUAUGUGUGUGCCAGUUAGUGAGAGGGAUAGAUAGAAAGAGAGAUAGAUAAAGAAGUGAUCUAGAGUUGGUUGUUCGUUGGGGUUGUGUGUUUAUUUGACCUUUGGUGGGAAUUAUCAGUUAGGCUUUCAGCAAUACAGGACAAUUAGAUAGUCCUCAGUUCAAAGGGCACAGAUAGGCCAUCAGCCCCAAAGAUAAUACCAGGCUAGGGUGUCUGUGUAAAUGGAGGAUUGUCUUAAACAAACAGCAGCCACCAGAUACUGUAGAAUCCUGCUUGGGCAGUGUUUGCUGGAAACACUGGUCCUGCAAACAAACUAAAACUUAAUUCUGCUGUUCAUUAGGAAACUAAGUAUUUUGUAUGUACUGCAACUUCAUGCUUGCAGAAGCAUUUGGUGUUGAGUUAUAGGUGCACUUGUCUGCUUUAGAUGGUUCCUGAAGCUGUAAAAUCUGCUUCAAGUAGCUUGAAGUUUGAAGGAAUUAUGCUCUCAAGUUUCUUCUGUAGUUCUAGUGGCAGGUGCUUUCUCCCUCUUAUUUUGAUGUCUUGAGACCAAAAAAUAAAUAUUGGUUUAAAAGAGAAAUCAGAAUCAUUUAAAAAUAUGAAUGAGAUUCAUUUGUUUUUGUUUUGUUUUUUUUUUGUUUGUUUGUUUCUUAUUUUUGCCUGAAUAAGGUGUCAUUGCACUGUUUUAAAUUUGAUGCAGUGAGUUUGUGCUUGAAGGUAACGAAAGGCUUUAGAAGCCAGUUGCUUAUCAUGUUUAGCUCUAAUGUGAGGCUUGGUACUAUAUCUUAGUUUUGUAUCUGUAGUUGGGUUUUUUUUUUUUUUUUUUUUUUUUUUUAUAUAUAUAAAUAAAACUGCAUUUUUCUGCUAUUGGUAACAUUUUGUAUAAAGCCUCAGCCAAAUGAACGAGUAUCAAAGAAUGUACAUCAUGAAUAAAAUAACUUUUAAGUAACA